AUGCCCGUCACCAAAUUCGCCCACCCGGACCCAUACACUUACCAGACCGGCUUCGACUCGUAUCACGAGACCGAGGCUAUCGAGGGUGCUCUGCCCAUCGGUCAGAACUCCCCGCAAAAGGUGCCCUAUGGCCUCUACGCCGAGAAGCUGUCUGGAACUGCCUUUACAGCACCCCGACAUGAAAACAAGCAGACCUGGGUAUACCGUGUGCUGCCCUCAGCUUCCCACGAGAACUUUAAGGCAGAAGAUGCCGACUCCUACCACACGACUAUGACCACGGAGACCCAUAAGCUGCACCACAUCCCCAAUCAGCUUCGAUGGAACCCAUUCGAUCUGGACGAGAAAGUGGACUGGGUCCACGGUCUGCACUUGAUUGCCGGCUCGGGUGACCCGACCAUGAAAACGGGCCUGGCUAUCUUGCUUUAUGCCGCCGGAAAGGAUAUGGGCAACGAGGCUUUCUAUUCUGCCGAUGGUGACUUCUUGAUCGUCCCCCAGCACGGUGUGCUGGAUAUUCAGACCGAGCUCGGUCGUAUUUUCCUGCGUCCCAAUGAGAUCUGCGUGAUCCCUCGCGGUGUUCGCUACCGCGUGACCCUCCCCGAUGGUCCCGUCCGGGGCUAUAUCUGCGAACUCUACCAGGGUCACUACCAGCUCCCCGAACUGGGUCCCAUUGGCUCCAACUGCCUGGCCAAUGCCCGCGACUUCCAAGCCCCAGUCGCCGCAUUUGACGACGAAGAGCAGCCCGCCGAGUACAAGUUGUUCAGCAAAUUUAACAACACGCUCUUCUCGGCGCGCCAGACUCACACUCCCUUCGACGUUGUCGCCUGGCAUGGCAACUAUUACCCGUACAAGUACGAUCUGGGCCGAUUCAACGUCAUUGGAUCCAUCUCGUUCGACCACCCCGAUCCCUCCAUCUUCACUGUUCUGACCGGACCCUCGGACCAUGUUGGCACUGCCAUCGCCGACUUUGUCAUCUUCCCGCCCCGCUGGCUGGUCGCCGAGAACACUUUCCGUCCUCCUUGGUAUCACCGCAACACCAUGUCGGAGUUUAUGGGUCUGAUCAGCGGUGAUUACGACGCAAAAACUGGGGGUGGUUUCCAGCCUGCGGGUGCUAGUCUGCACAACGUGAUGAGUGCACACGGUCCAGAUUCGGCCGCAUUCGAGGGUGCCAGUAAUGCCGAGCUGAAGCCGGCCAAGGUCGGCGAUGGAAGCAUGGCCUUCAUGUUCGAGAGCUCUCUCAUGGUUGGUGUUUCGGAGUGGGGCCUGAAGACCUGCGAAAAGGUCCAGGAAGAGUACAACGAGCACAGCUGGACACCGUUGAAGCGCCACUUUGUGAACCCCAACAAAAAGAACUAG